AUGGCGCAGCUGUCCAUCAUGCUCGAGUACGCGCGCCAGCAUUCGCCAAUCCCAAUCUCCGCGCUCUUCGUCUUGGUCAUCACCAUAGCUUGUUUAUUUCGCUUGUAUUUACUAGCUCUUCCCAAACCAAUCCCAGGAAUUCCCUACAACAAAGACUCCGCCAACAAACUCUUCGGCGACGGCCAAGCGUAUUUGGAGGAUUUUAAAGAUGGAGGAACCUUUGCCACGUACUGCCAAUCGGUAGCCAAAUCAUUAGACGCACCACUCAUACAAAUCUUCAUCAAACCUUUCAAACAACCGCUCCUUGUCCUUGCAGACUUCCGAGAAACCCAGGCCUUAAUGCGUCGCAACGACUUUGACCGCUCUGACGACAUGGCCGAUAUGAUUUUGGGCUUGAUGCCGGAACACCAUAUGGGCAUGAAGACCGAUGCGGCUUGGGAAGCUCAACGUCUUCUCAUCAAAGACCUCAUGCUUCCCUCGUGGUUGCACAGCGUUGCAGCUCCUGAGAUAUAUCAGCAUGCCCUCUCCCUGGUUGAGUUGUGGGGCCUUAAAUCAAGACUGGCCGAUGGAAGGGCCUUCGAGGCAUCAGAAAAUCUACGUCGAAUGACAAUGGAUGCUGUGAUGUCUUUCUGCUUCGGGAAAAGGUUCCGGGAUACCGCGACCCGUCCUGAUAUCGAAGCGUUGAAAUCGAAAAGCCUGGACAUAACUAUGCCGGACGACCCCGAAGAGCCCGUCAUAUUUCCCCAUACGGCGCCCAGCCCUGUGCUCAAUGCGCUCGACAUCCUAUUCUCACUCAUCGCAGAGAUUCAAGGGAGCCCGACGCCGAGCUGGACCUGGUCUUAUAUCUUGCAAAAGCCACGCAAUGCCCAUGCACUCCGGCUGAGAGACGCAUAUAUCUUAGCGGAGAUCAGAUAUGCAGUUGAGCAACUGAAGGAGAGCAGAGGCGACGAUACGGGGAAGUCGGCAGUCCAGUAUAUGGUCCUGCGCGAGAAGAGUCUUGCCGAGAAGGAGGGCCGGGAGCCUCAAUACCUAUCCAAAGUCAUGAUGGACGAAGUGUGCGGCUUUGUAUUCGCCGGAACUGAUACAACCAGCACGGCGAUGUCAUGGGGUGUCAAGCUCUUGACUGACAACCCUCGAGUAGCAGCGCGUCUACGGACAGCGUUGCGAGAGUCGUUCGCGGAUGCAAUCGUUGAUGGCCGAAACCCAACGGUGGAAGAGAUUGUUGGGACCCAUGUGCCCUAUCUUGAAGCCACUCUUGAAGAGAUCCAUCGCUGCGGCGGUACGACGCCGAUUGUUGAUCGCCAAGCCACUAUCGACACAGAGCUGCUUGGUCAUCGCAUCCCUAAAAAGACAAACGUUGCAUGCCUGACGAUGGGACCAAGCAUGAUGGAGCCCAGCUUCGAUAUCAACGAGGCGCAUCGUCAUGAGAGCAUUCGUGGCAUGCAAGGAGAAAAAUGGAAACAGUGGGAUGUGAAUGAUAUGGCUUUGUUCAAACCUGAACGCUGGAUUAAGGACAACAGGUUCGAUCCCGGAGCCGGACCGCAACUGGCUUUUGGUCUGGGUGUCCGAGCAUGCUUUGGAAAAAGACUGGCGUAUCUGAACAUGAGGAUAUUGUUUGCGCUGCUCGUGUGGAACUUCGAGCUGUUGCCCUGUCCGAAGAGAUUGUCGGAUUACAGCUCCAAGUUAGUGGCGACAAACAGGCCGAACACAUGCUAUGCACCCCACAAAACUCUGUAA